GACUCCCGUACGAAUAGCAAAAACAAGUACGAGUGACGUACGAAUAGCCACCAACCGCUGUUCAAGGGUACUUACUUUGAUAAACAAAAGAAAAUGGCGGACGAAAGGCGAAGAAAAAUGGGUUGGACCGUGUAUUAGCGAUAUUUUCUUGCAGUUCUCCUUGAACAGGGAACUAGUUUAUCAACAUAUCGACGACAUGGUUAACAGAGGAUCUUUAUGGAUCGAAAAUGUGUGGUAUUUUACGUAAAGCAAGUAUUUUGAACGAAGUAAUCCAAGCUAGCUAAGUCAAGUUCACUUACAGAAACGUUUGUGUUACACAGAAAAAAGAUGGUUUUCUUAAGAGCCGUUUGGUAGAGUAUUAAAGAAAGACGAGAUGGAAAGCAAAAGCUACUCAAGUAAUUUACCAGAUGAAUUAUGGUUGAAAAUUUUCAAGAACUUCCAUCCCAUUUACGACAAUAUCUUUCAUUUGGCCUUAGUUUGCCGGCAAUGGCGAAAUAUUAUUAUAAAAGCGCCAGAUCCUUGUCUCUGGGAAACGAUCGAGCUGGCAAACAUAAGAAAUUGCUAUCUUGAUUCUCCUUUUCUUAGUAGAUUUACAUUCAUUUUAACGAAUUUUGGAAAAUAUGUCAAAGUUUUGAGGCUCCGUCGAUGUCAUUCUUACUUCACUGAUGCUUUAAAGGGUCACGCCAGAAGGUUGUGUUCACUUCAGUUCUUAGAGAUAAAAGGAACGAGCUGGAAUAAGAAGAUACUUAAAGAAUUGUCCUGUUAUAAGACACUGAAGAAUAUAGAAAUCGAAGCAGCUGAUGGUGAUUUGGAUAGAACAUUCAGAGAACAAGACUUUUGUAGAUUGAUAGAGAACUUUCCCAGGCUUGAUCAAAUAAGCUUGCAGUACUCAACAUUUAAACGAGAGACCUUAAGUUAUAUUCAAGACCUUGUAACAUGCAGAUAUAGCAGUAGAAUAACUGAUUUGCAAAUUGAGAGAGCUAAGAUAGACCCUCUUGAUUUGAAUGAAGUUGUUCAGAACUUACAAGGGUUGAAGAGUUUUACCUAUGGAAAUGAUCAAAUCCAUGGGCUGCCCUCAAUUCAGUGCUUGGCCCUAGAGUCAAAGUCUAUCAAGGAGAUGAAUCUCUUUCAAAUAGGUGACUUUGCAGAGUUCAGAUUUGAUCUCCCACACUUGCAAAAACUCACUAUAAAUUUAUCAACAUCACUACAAACAUUAACUGUUUAUGCUCCAUCGCUUAGGGUUCUAGACUUGGUUCAUUGCUCUGAGCUGAGAAAACUUAGCAAAGUUUCUUCAACAUCACUUCAUGAGGUCAAAAUACGUAGAUGUUCGGCACUGAGUUCUUCUGAGCUGAUUCGAUUUCUUGUACAGAAUCCUGACAUUAAGAAACUAGAUCUUGAAGUAUGUUUUGCUAAUUUAAGGCUGGACCAGAAUUCAAACCCUUCACUUGAGAUGUUAUCUGUGUUUGACAGUGGGUGUGGUCUGAUCUCUCUUGACAUUCGGUGUCCAAAGCUUAGAGUACUGACAUUUAUGAAAUCUUUGAUCCACUCCUCACUGCUCAAGGUGGUUGCAAUAAGAUCAGAAGAAAUGGACAGCAUAGUCAUAAGAAAUGUUCCUCACUUACGAAAACUUAUUUUAAAUGCCAGCAAGGUUAAGCACCUAGAGUUGGAUUUUGACAGAAGGGUUCGACAAAUAAAGCCAGCAAGUUUUACGACAAUUCAUUUCCAGUCCAAUUUAAGUAUUGGUAUGUUAGUGCUCAAGAAGUUGAAUAUACGGUCCAUAGUUAUUAACAAAUGUUAUGUGAAACAAGCUGUUAUGGACUUGUGCAAUCUUGAUGCAUCACUGACUGACAUGCUUGACCAUUUUUAUGAAAUUGAAUCCCUGGCCCUACAGAACUGCCAUGGUCCCUGUCAAAUAACAGUGCAGAACGACUCACUCAAAGAAUUACAAGUCAGUUCCUGUACGUCUGUGUUGAUGGAUCAUAUCAAUGUACUGUGUCCAUUGCUUGAACGGCUCUGUGUUCAUGGAACUUCUAUCUUACCCUCCAAGAAAGAAGUAGAAAGCACAGCAAAAGCUUUGAAGAAAGUUUGCCCACAACUGCUGGAUGUUAACUUUUCUCAUUAAUUACAAUUUGCAUUACAUGUACAGUUAUGGUGUAAUUUUGCUUUUUGAAUAGACAAUUAUACUAGACUGCAAUUAGACAAAAUAUGUACAAAAUAUUGAUUAAUUAUUCUUGCAAAUUAAUUAUUAUUUACAAAUUAAUAUAGUAAUAAUUCAUGAAUUAGGUUAAUUGUAAAUAUGGCACAAUAAAAUUAAGGUAAAUUUUCACAAAUUUAAUGGACCUUGAUCUCAUGCCUUCAUGUUCCUUCCUGGCAGAAUAGAACCCUCAUCCAGUAACACUUGAUUGUAAGGCUAUGCAGGGAAAACUCUAUUGUUCCAGUAAACAUGGCUGCCACUUGAGAAAGGUCCAUUGUCAGAUAUGACUAGUUUAAUAAAUUUGCAACAAUUUUUGAAUUGAAUUUGAAAAAAAGCAAUACACUCUGAUCAAAAUGGAAAAUCAAAUAUUGCUAUUGAAUUAAAAGUUAAUAAAAAUUUAAA